ACUUUUUUUUUCUCUUUCAGGAACGUGUUCGGGCCCGCGGCAGGGGGCGGGAUCGCGCCUCCUCCGCGGCUCUGGUUCCAGUGGAGCUUCACGGACGCAGAGAUGGAAAUCCCGAGGCUGCUCCCGGCUCGCGGGAUGCGACAAACCGGCGGGGCUGGCAGCCCCGAGGGCAGCGGCCGGAUCCGCGGAGGUCCUGACCUGCGGGCCAGUCAGGCCCCGGCGCGCCGCCUCCUGCUGCUCCGGGGCCCCCAAGAUGGCGGGCCCGGGCGGCGGCGUGAGGAGGCCAGCGCGGCCUCUUCGUGCCCAGGCCCAGGCCCGAGCCCGUUGGCGCUGAGGCCCGAUCACGCUAGCGGCUGUGGCAGCGGCGGCGGGAGCGGCGGCGAUGACUUCUUCCUGGUGCUGCUGGACCCGGUGGGUGGAGACGUAGCUACCGCGGGCGCUGGCCAGGCCACAGGGCCCGUGUGGAGGGAGGAAGCCGGGCUGGGCCCAAGGCUCCUGGGGGGCGAAAGCGGCGCGAACCCCGAGGGCCGCCCUGCGCUGGGCCCCAGCUGCCUGUCGGCUAUCCCGGCUCCAGUCCCGGCCCUGGCCCCGAUCCCCGCUUCAGGCCUGGGCCCUGCCGCGGCCUUCGCAGGCACAGUCGCCAUUCACAACCAAAACCUGCUGUUGCGCUUGGAGAACGGCGUCCUCACCCUAGCCACGCCCCCACCGCAGCCCGGGGGUCUGAUCGUCCCGCAAGCUGGGAUCCCGCACGCUGCGCAGCCUGGAGACUGUCCCGAGCUGCCGCCCGACCUCCUGCUGGCGGAGCGGGCAGAACCUGCGCCUGCCCCAGCGCCCAAGGAGGAGGCGGAGGGCCUGGCGGCUAUUGAGAGCCCUCGCGGGCCGCCAGGCCCAGGCCAGGGCGUGUUGCUGUACCUGUGUCCUGAGGUGCAGUGCGGACAAACCUUUGCAAAGAAGCACCAGCUGAAGGUGCACCUGCUGACACACAGCAGCAGCCAGGGCCAGCGGCCCUUCAAGUGCCCCCUGGGUGGUUGUGGGUGGACCUUCACCACCUCCUACAAGCUCAAGAGGCAUCUGCAGUCACACGACAAACUGAGGCCCUUCGGCUGCCCAGCAGAGGGCUGUGGCAAGAGCUUCACCACCGUGUAUAACCUCAAAGCACACAUGAAGGGCCACGAGCAGGAGAACUCAUUCAAAUGUGAGGUGUGUGAGGAGACCUUCCCCACGCAGGCCAAACUCAGCGCCCACCAGCGCAGCCACUUCGAGCCUGAGAGGCCCUACCAGUGUGCGUUUUCCAGCUGCAAGAAGACAUUUAUCACAGUGAGUGCCCUGUUUUCCCAUAACCGCGCCCACUUCAGGGAACAGGAACUCUUUUCCUGUUCCUUUCCUGGCUGCAGUAAACAGUAUGACAAGGCUUGUAGGCUGAAAAUUCACCUUCGGAGCCACACUGGUGAGAGACCGUUCCUUUGUGACUUUGAGGGCUGUGGCUGGAACUUCACUAGCAUGUCCAAACUCCUAAGGCACAAACGGAAGCACGACGAUGACCGGAGGUUCAUGUGCCCGGUGGAAGGGUGUGGGAAAUCUUUCACAAGGGCUGAACAUCUGAAAGGCCACAGCAUAACCCACCUGGGCACAAAGCCUUUUGUGUGCCCGGUGGAAGGUUGCUGUGCCAGGUUCUCUGCUCGCAGUAGUCUCUACAUUCACUCCAAGAAACACUUGCAGGAUGUGGACACUUGGAAAAGCCGAUGCCCAGUCGCCACUUGUAAUAAACUCUUCACAUCCAAGCACAGCAUGAAGACCCACAUGGCCAAAAGGCACAACCUGCGCCAGGAUCUCUUAGCUCAGCUGGAAGCUGCAAAUUCUCUUACACCCAGCAGUGAACUUACCAGCCAGGGGCAGAGUGACCUCAGUGAUGCAGAGCUUGUGUCUCUCUUCUCUGAUGCGCCUGGUAAUAGUUCUGCUGCAGUACUGGACACGGCAUUGGUGAACUCUGGGAUCUUGACUAUUGAUGUGGCUUCUGUGAACUCAACUCUGGCAGGAAACCUCCCUGCUAAUAAUAAUAAUUCCUUAGGGCAGGCAGUGGACCCUCAGGCCUUGAUGGCCACCAGUGACCUUCCUCAAAGUUUGGAUACCUCACUCUUCUUUGGAACGACAGCAGCAGGUUUUCAGCAGGGUCCCUUAGAUAUGGAUGAUGUCUCAAGUCUAAGUGCGGGGCCGUUGGCAUCUCUGAGCUCUUUGGCUUUGAAAAACUCGAGUCAAGAGCCCCAAGCUUUGAUCCCUAGCAGUAAGCUAACAGUAGACACAGAUGCUCUGACUCCUUCAAGCACCCUUUGUGAAAACAGUGUCUCAGAACUACUGCCACCAACCAAAACGGAAUGGAAUGUACAUCCUGACUCGGACUUCUUUGCACAGGAGGAAGAAACCCAGUUUGGAUUCUCCAAUCCAGCAGGAAACCAUGGGUCUCAGAAAGAAACAGAUCUUAUCACAGUGACUGGCAGCUCAUUUUUGGUAUGAACUAAAUUCUGUUCAUUCCUGCCACAUGGCUUACUUUUAUUGAUGACACUCAAUUUUGAGAAUAUUCUGGCCUGAAUGCUUAAAUACAGUCAUUUCUUAUAGGUCUGAAGGAGAACAGAGCCCUGGGCUGAAAGUUUGGAGGUUUAAAUCCUGAUCUUGGGUCUGGAACUUGCGGGUUGUGUGACCUUGAACAAGUCACUUAUCCUAUCUGAGCCUUAAUUUCCUUAUUUAUGAGAUGAGGUGGUUUGAAUAGAUUGUUUCAAAGGUCUUUUCAAUUCUAUGAUUCCUUGAUAAUAUGCUUCUUUCCUUGAGAAAAAUUAGAACAUUUUUUCAGUGAUGUUGCAUGUGCUUUUUUCAAACAUGCAUAAUAUACACAUAAUAUAAUGAACAUUCAUAUACAUGACACCCAACUUCAGCUAUUAUCAAUUCAUGAAUAUUCUUUUUUAUCUAAUCUCCAUUCAUACCAUCUUCCAGUAUUAUUUUGAAAUAAAUACAAGGUAUCACAUAAUUUCAACCAUAAAUAUGCAAUAUAUAGUUCUGAAAAGCAUGGGCUGUUUUCAAAAAAUCUUCAAUUCCAUUGUCAUACUUAAAGUUAGCAGUAAUUCCUUAAUACUGUCAACAUUCCAGCUUAUAAUUGUCUCAUAAAUGCUAUUUGUUGUUAACAUUUAAACAGUUAGAAUCUGAGUAAGCCUCUUAAGUGUAUUUUUAAUCUGUAUAUUACCAUAUUGUCUCUUUGCAUUUAAUUCAUUGAAGAAAAGUUAUUUCACAUGUAGAGCUUACCACAGUCUUAAGUCUUGGUGAUUAUAUCCAUGUGGUGUCACAUUCCUCUACACUCUAUUUCCUUAAUUUGGUGUUUGGAUCUAGAGACUUGGUCAGAAUGGAAAUAUGAUUUUGGGGCCAUGAAUGUUUCAUGUGUUGUGUUCUUUUAGCAUGUGGCACAGAAUGUCUAGUUUUCUCUUGGAUAUUUGCAGCUGCCGGUGAUCAGUGCAUUAAUUCAUAAUUACCUUUGCUUCUGAUAUCAUGAUUUGUUCUUGUAGAGUUACUAUUAGUGGAGGAAUAAAUGCUGCUGAAGGCAUAUGUAAAAAUUCAUUAGAAAUAUAUUCAAUGACAAAAUAUUUUCUUGAAGAUAGAACUAACAAGGAGAAAAGGUAACAAAAAAUGUGUUGACUCUGUUCACCAUUUAUCUUCCUCCUCUCUUUUGAUGAUGAGAAGGUUUGUUUUUAUAGAAAUUGCCAGCCAGGACUUGGACAUGAAACAGCAUGUACAUGCUCACUCAUUCGUGUCCGACUCUGAGACCUCAUGGACUGUAGCCCACCAGUCUCCUCUGUCCAUGGGAUUUUCCAUGGCAAGAAUACUGGAUUGGGUAACCAUUCUCUUCUCCAGGUUAUCUUCCUGACCCCGGUCUUGAACCUGGGUCUCCUAUAUUGCAGGCAGUUUCUUUACCAUCUGAGCCACUAGGGAAGCCUGAGAUGAAACAGACCCAGGGUCAAAUUCAUGUUGAAUAAGUGGCCUUGAAUAAAUUAGUUUCACUAAGCUUCAGUUUCCUAGCUGUCAAAUGAUCAUAGCAAUGCACAUACAUAGCUAACACACCUGAGACUUUUAAUCCUUUCCAGUUUUUAAUAGGUAAGGAAAAAAUAUUACAUCUUUGGCUUAUCUUGUUGAAUUUAUACAAUCCUUUCACGCUCUCAAUCCUCCUUACUAUAAGGAAGAAAUUGGGAUAAUUUGAUCCUGUUUCUGUCUAGACAAUAAGGUUUGUGAGAAUUAGGGUGAAGCAGGAUGGGGAAAUCUCUUUAUUUCCUCCACUGUAUUAUUUCCUCCCUGCCAGGAAUUUCUGUGGCUAAUGCCAGAAGUGGAAACAUUACUCACAGGUAUAUCUGCAUCCCUAUUCAUUAGACCAAUCUGUCACCAUCUUUGAUCUCUUUCAGAGUUAGACUUUGCUGUACCUCCAAAGUCGCUUGUGCAUGAAACUGAUAAUGAAGCAGAGAAAGAUUCCUCCUCUCUGUGGUUUGGAGAGCUCAUUGCAUUUUCCCAGAGUUGAAAGGAAAGGUUGAAGCUGAAUAUUGUGUAAAAUUUCUGUCUUACAUGAGUUUGGCAUUUUUAACUUUGUGGAAUAUCUUCACAACUGUUGUUCAGAGCAACCCUGUGUGGUGGUUUUGGCAAAGUCUGCUGUGACUCAUGGCAUUUUAGCAAAUGCACAUUCCAAAUGGACUUUGGCUAGUGACUGACAGUUCUAUAUAUAGCUUAAAACAAAGAAGAUAAAUUCUUUUCACCUCUCCCUUCCCACUCAUCCAACUUUCAUGAUUUAUUACUGUGUCAUAACUAGCUGCUGUUUUCCACUUUAAUUGGUUUCUGUUACUUUCUGUUUACUUUCUCGCCCGUCCUUGUAUGUGCAUUCCAGCCCUUGCCAUGCCUUACUUUUUAUUUUUUAAUGGAUAGAUCUCUUCUUGCCACUGUUCCUCAGAUCUCCUCAUAGACAUUUUCUUCCACUGAUAACAUUUGCUGAGUGUACACUGCAGUUGUGUGUAUAGUAAGAAGUUAUUUUCUGAGCUUAAAUAAUCCUGUGUGUAUAUAUAUGACUCAGAUGAUAUAAGACAUUAUUUUCUAUAUUGUGCAGACAAGAAAUGGAUUUCUGUUUCAUUAUUUCCAUUUUUAAGAAGUUUUUGCCAAGGAGUUCAGUUAAAACUCUUUAUUUGCUGUAGUGUACUAGCCCAGUAGUGUUUGCAUGUGAAUGUCUAUGGAUGACAUUUAUUGUAGCGCUUUGGAAGUGCACCAAAAAAUUGUCACUUUGAAAUGUUUAUGUACUGUGUGUAAGGGAGUAUACACACAUAUCCACAUAAAUAUAUUUUUAAAAUGGUUUUAUUCAUUUAGUGAUAAAAGUAGACAUACUUUUGUAAAUCAGAGAAGUGCUCAGAAUUUCAUUGUGUCUACUCAGUGUUUUCUCUUUUUGCUUUAGAAAUAUUUGUAUUCAUAAAGCACAUUUAAAAAUAUUGUAAUUCAUUAAGGACUCUUAAAUUGACCACUAUAUUGCAUAUCUGGCAGUUAAUGUGCGUCGAGGAUUGGAAUGAACACACAAGUAGCAAACAUCAAAUAAAUUACUUACACAUGAAGAUAA